AGCCAUACAAGCUAAAAAAAAAACCGCGAGACACAGGAAUAGCCAGUCGCCUUGAGAGACACACAAGAAUCGCCUAUCGUCUUUUUCUCACGAGUUUUGCAGUGAAGUAGAAUAUAGCUAUGGCAGGGAGAGCGAUAAGUCGAUCCUGUGUUCUCUCUAACGCUCCUUGCUGCUAUAUCUUCCGCAUGCAUUUUCAGGCGUUUUCUAGGUUCUCAUCAUCGAUACCAUUGAUAAACACUAGUUAUUCAGGUUGUGGAAACCAGAGAAUGUCUAAUCCGAGGGUACUAUUAAGGAACAGAGGCUGGGGAAGGUUAUUUAACACUGGUGUCAACUCCACCGACAGGAGCAGCACUAAAAUCAACUUCUCUCCCUCCGACUCCGACUCCGACUCGGAGACGAUGAUAAAGAAGACCAAGCACGAAAUAGACAAGAGCAAACUACCACCUCCAUACGAUCCGUUCAGCAAGAAACUCGCGAUAGAGGAGCCCAAAGACCCCAAAGACCUACAAGAUAUAUUCCACAAAAUGAGGACUGAGGGGUUGGUUCCCAACGCCGUCAAGAUGUUCGACGCAUUGUCCAAGGAUGGGCUCACCCAUGAAGCCAUGGAGCUGUUCGCUCAGAUUAAGGACCACGGCCACAUGCCCGACGUGGUGGCGCACACCGCCGUCAUUGAGGCCUAUGCCAAUGCCGGACAGAGCAAGGAGGCUGUGAAGGUGUACAUGCGAAUGCUGACCUCCGGUGUCAUGCCCAAUGCCUACACCUACAGCGUUCUUAUCAAGGGACUUGCUGGGGACGCCAAACUGGGGGAGGCCAAGAAGUAUGUCCUUGAGAUGAUGGGCAAGGGAAUGCGCCCUAAUGCUGGGACCUACACGGCACUGUUCGAGGGGUUCGCCAAAGAGCAAAAGGUGGAGGAGGGGAGAGAGUUUCUGGAGCAGAUGAAGGCCAAGGGAUUCACACCCGAUGAGAAGGCUGUCAGGGAGAUUCUUAAGAAUAGAAGGGGCCAAGUGUUCAGAAGCAUCAUGGACAUUCUGUUUGGCAAGUAGACUGAUUUUGUAGUCCAAAUUUGUUUUUUGACUCAUGGGUAUGGUAAGUGUUUGGCAAACAGACUGAUUUUGUAGUCCAAAUUUGUAUUCGACUCAUGGGCUAUGGUCGGUUAAGCUGUGUUGUGUGGUCCUCCAUGCCCGUUUCUCUGUUAUAUUUUCUAAUAUUCUCUCUGAUGCAGCCUGCAUCUUGGUAUUUUGUUUAA